AUGCAUUCUUUGCUUGCAUUCUUGUCGAAUCUGGCGAUCGGCACAUGGGCCAUCAUCAUCACCUUCAACUCCUCCCUCACCUCUGCCAAGCAACACGGGCAGUCUAUCACCAGAUAUGUUGUCGAAUAUCAAGAACAACAACAUGCACUCAUUCAAAAUUCAACAGCUCAUUUCAGGGAAUUGCUGGAAGACCACCUGGCCAGCAACGGCGUGGUAUUCAACGACAUCACACCCCUCUCUACGGUCCCUGGCAUCUUUUCCGGCGUCUCACUUUCAGUUGCAAAUCCCCACAGUAUGAAAAGUAUCAAAGCGGCCUCGUUUGUCAAAGUUGGCCCGUAUUUCUCUUCUUGUUUCGCCCAUUUUCGGAUUUUGGUGCGGAAUGUUAAUCACGCGUCUUAUGCUUCGAUCAAUCAUAAUCAUCAACAGACAAUCUAUCCCGUCCAAGAGGUCACCCGCCCAAAAUUUCUACACACCCCCAAGGUCCUCAACAAUCUACCAGUGGGCAAUUCAGCUGAUCUCUUCGAGCCUCACGUUCAAGUUGGCAUCUCACGUCUACACGAAAAGGGCUACCGCUGUAAAGGCAUCAACAUCGCCGUCAUUGACACCGGCUGCGACUGUGAACAUCCCGCCUUGGGCAAAGGUUUCGGGCCAGGAUUCAAGAUUGCGAAAGGAUACGACUUCGUGGGGGACGACUACAAUGGAACCAACCCACCGAUACCCGAUGAUAACCCAUGCGCACCUUGUGCGAUGCAUGGUACUCACAUCAUGGGCGUUCUUGCCGCCAACGAGAAUUCGAUGGGCUUCAGAGGAGUGUGCCCCGAGGCAACAAUGUCCUCUUACCGAAUAUUUGGUUGCAAAGAAAAUACUAACGACGAACUGGUUGCUUCAGCCUUGCUGCGAGCCUUUAAGGAUGGAGCCGAUGUUUUCUCGUUAUCUGUUGGUGCCCCGGGUGGUUGGUCUGGGGGGUCGAUAGCAGCAGUCAUAGCCGGCCGCAUAGCCAAAAGGCGUGCAGUCAUAGUCUCGGCUGGAAACUUGGGUGAGGAAGGCUUGUUCUUUGCUACCUCUCCAUCAACCGGCACCGGCACGAUCUCCGUAGGAAGCGUCCAAUCCACAGCCCUUGUCUCAUAUCCUUUCACAACCUCAGUCACUGGCUCCCGAGCCUUCAACUACUUCGCUACCUUUACCAUGGACCCUGGAACUUUCCCCGUUUAUCCGAUAAGCUCAACCAAGAAUGGCCUCGAUGACGCUUGUAAGCCGUUACCCGAUAAUUCACCCAACCUGUCACAACACAUCGUAUUAGUCAGGCGCUCUGAGACCCACGCGUGCACUUUCGAAACCCAAUUGAGCAACUUGAUAAGGCAUGGAACUCAUAAGAUCCUCUGGGCCAACAACAACUCUUCUCCAGAAUACGUCGCGCGGGAUACCACCAACGGCGUUUCUGUCGGUGUGGUCACUCGGGACAUCGGGAACAUGCUGAGAGAACAGUAUUUCGCAAAUCCUAGCAAGUUUAGGAUCACCAUCUCGAAGGAUUUGACUAUCGCUCAAGUGGCUGCUCCCGACAGCGGUAAAGUUAGCCAAUUCUCCAACUAUGGCCCUAUGUUUGAUCUCGAAUCCCCGCAGCCAGGGGUGCUUGGGGUUGGCGGAAAUGUGCUUUCCACUUACCCGGUGUCAGAAGGUUCAUAUGCUAUUGCUUCGGGAACAUCAAUAUCCGCGCCACAGAUGGCGGGCAUCGCAGCACUGGUGAUGAGUAUACAAGGGAAAGGAAUCAAUCCACAUGAAAUAUACACCCGGAUUUCUUCUUCAGCGUCGCCUGUUGCGAACUUCAGCGAAACUGGUAUUUUGGAAUCCGUAUGUCAUCAGGGUGCAGGACUUGUCAACGCUUGGUGUGCUGCAACGGCAAAAACUGUGGUUUCAACUCAUUCGUUUUCGCUCAAUGAUACACUCCAUUUCAACGGAACCCAAACCUUCUCGAUCAUCAACAAGGGCAAACAAUCUGUGUCAUAUACCCUCCAUCACGCCACUGCCGGCACAGCUCUCACUUUUGACAAAAACAAUAUAGCCAACCGUUGGCCUGUCCCGCUCAUACCUAGCACUGCGGCUGUGUCUUUCUCGGUCAAGCAAUUUGUGCUCCGCCCAGGCCAAACUCGCAAGAUCCAAGUCAAAUUCAAACCACCUUCAGGUCUAGAUGAGAUGACGCUCCCGGUUUAUUCAGGUUUUGUACUGCUUAAAUCCCAAACCGAGUGCGAGAGCCACACCAUCCCUUACUAUGGAGUAGGUGCGGCUUUGAAACAACGACCAGUGCUUGACUAUGGGAUUAGUUACGGAGAUAAUUACCAUCUACCCGCACUUGAUGGUGGAUUAACUGGGUUACCAGUCGAGGAGGGUCAUACCUUUACAUUGCAAGGACUCGAUAUCCCAGUUGUUGAAUAUCGAUUGGCGUUCGGGACUCCUUUGCUUUUAUUUCAUGUGGUCAAAGGGGACACAGUUAUACCCCCAUCGCUUUUACCUCCAAAAACCACCCAAAACACAAAGUCCAACGCAGGACCUCCCCCCGUAACAAGCAGUCCACCACCGCAGAAAACUCUACUGAAGCGCGGGAUCAUCGAAUCGAAUCGAAGUAAGCUCACCAACACAGCCGAAAACGGCGGCAACAAUUUCAAACCUUCACAUCAUAUCGACAAACCCGAUGGUUUCCCCGGCAUGGUGCCCAACAAAUUCAGAGAUGUCCCAUUGCUAGGGUCACUCAAGCCGUAUGAAACAUUACUAAGAUGGAAGCCAAGACAUGCCUUGGCUGACGCAGCUUCAAUCGCUUUCAAUGGGAAGGUAUAUGACUUGAGUGGUACCAACUACCGCCACGUUAAACCCACAACGCUUCCAGACGGAAGUUACCGAAUUUUGGUCAGAGCUCUGCGAGUGACCGGCGACCCUCAGGAAGAAGAGGAUUACGAGGCCUGGCUUUCGCCCGUUUUUAAUAUCCGUCGCUCACAAAAGCCUUGA